GAGAUUGAACGACGAUGAUGUUUACAAGAAGCGCACUGAGAACAUUAAAUCGCAGCACACUUAGGAACGUACAAAAACCACGCUUUCUAUCCACAACCAUUGCUCGCCUUGAAGCGAACAAGGUUUCACACAAUCCACCAUCAGAUAACGCUCAGCACGCAGCUCAAAAUGCUAAAGAAGAAGUUGGUAAAGUCGCGCAUGAAGUUGGUGACUACAUAAGCGGUGGUCAAUCUGCAAGUCUUGGAUCAGAACCACACAUGCACCCAACAAUGGGCCAAGAGUUCCAAACAAUGACGCGAGGACUCUAUGUAAACAUUCCCCGUCCUGCUAUUUAUUGGGGUGCAUUGGGUGGUGUACCCUACUUAGGUACAGCCAUUUCACACAUUUACCUCAGCUCACAGCUCUAUGCUGCUAAUAUGGGUGCAUCAGGUAUUGACAUCACUAGCGUGACCGAAUUGUUGCAGCAAGUUGAGACAAUUCAAGUUGGAUACGGUGCAGCCAUGCUUUCCUUUUUAGGUGCUAUACAUUGGGGUAUGGAAUUCGCAGAGUUUGGUGGUAAGCAAGGUAACAACCGUUACGUUGUUGGUGUAGUACCUGUAGUCAUCGCAGCAUUGUCAACUCUACCAGGAUGGCAAUUUGCUAUGAUUGCACAGUGGACUGGUUUCGCAUAUCAAUGGGGUGUCGACAUCAAAUUGACGCAAAGGGGAUGGACACCUCAUUGGUUCGCUGCUUACAGAUUUUGGUUGACAUUAGCUGUUGGUUCAUUGAUACUGCUCUCACUUGCUAGCUCGAACUACUAUACUCCAAGAGUAGGAUCAAACCUCCAAGAGAGAAGAAUAUUGCAAAGCCAAAAGACCGGUAAGGUCGAAGGACACACCAAGUCCGAGUCUGAGUCAGAAAUUGACGAAGACCCAUCCGGAAACGCCUUUGGUGUAAUAAAGAAAAAGCACGAAGGUGGUGAGGGAGAAGAAGGUAAAGAAGGUAAAGAAGGUGAAGAAAGUGAAGAGAGUAAAGAGAGCAAAGGUGAAAAUCAAAGUGAAGGAAAAGGUGAAUCAAACGAAGAUUCUGAAAAAUCUGAAAAAUCUGAGUAAAACAUCAUUAAUGCAAGAAUAUAAUGCUAUUAUUGUAAUUACGCCAUUGAAC